AUGCGUACAGGAAAUGGAGAUGGUUCAAAAGGAAGUAACUCUCCUGAUGGGAACAGUGCCAAAGACUUUGCUUCCCAAAAGUCUCAUAGGGUAAACUUGGAUUGGAGAGAGUUUAGAGCAAAUUUAUUUGCUCAGGAGCAGGCAGAGAAGACAGAAUCUGAUGCUCACAACCAAACUGGGACUCCCCAAGAGCUGAAACCCCUUGGCCUGAAAUGGGCCCACCCUAUUCCUGUACCCGAGACUGGCUGUGUCCUUGUUGCCACAGAAAAACUUGAUGGUGUUCGCACCUUUGAAAGAACUGUUGUUCUCCUCCUCAGAUCCGGAACCAGACAUCCACAAGAGGGGCCAUUUGGAGUUGUCAUUAACCGCCCGCUUAACAAAAAGAUCAGGCACAUGAAGCCCACUAGCACGGAAUUAGCAACCACUUUUGCUGAUUGUUCUCUUCAUUUUGGGGGACCUCUCGAGGCAAGCAUGUUCUUAUUGAAAACAGGGGAGAAGACAAAGCUUGAAGAGUUCGAAGAGGUGAUCCCUGGCCUGUGUUUUGGUGCUAGAAACUGCUUGGAUGAAGCUGCAGCACUUGUGAAGAAAGGGGUGCUGAAGCCUCAGGAUUUCAGAUUCUUUGUCGGUUAUGCUGGGUGGCAGCUAGAUCAGUUGAGGGAGGAGAUUGAAUCAGAUUAUUGGUAUGUGGCUGCAUGUAGCUCAAAUUUGAUUUGUGGGGAUUCAUCAGAUUCAUCAUCAGAAAGUUUAUGGGAGGAGAUUUUGCAGCUAAUGGGUGGUCAUUACUCAGAACUAAGCCGGAAGCCUAAGCAGGAUAUAAUUACAAGAACAAAGCUCCUUCCUUACUUCAAAAUGGUGUCUCACAAUCCCAACUCAAAUGCAAUUUAUGUCUCAUCGAAGCUCUCACAGCACAUCAUAUCUGCUUUGUCUGAUGGCAUGGACAACGAAGCUUCCGACUGGAGAGUGGUUCUGCAGGGUGAGGAGAAAAACUUUACGAGGAUGCUUCCUUAUUCCAUGUCGGAGUAA